AUGUCUUGCUACGACCUGUGCCCACCAAGAACCGGCGUAGCCGUUCCCCAGCCCAUCGCUGAGAGCUGCAACGAGCUGUGCGCCCGCCAGUGUCCCGACUCUUCAGCCUUCAUCCAGCCACCGCCUGUGGUUGUCACCUUCCCCGGCCCCAUCCUCAGCUCCUUCCCCCAGCAAGCCGUGGUGGGCUCCUCUGGAGCACCCGCCUUUGGGGGCAACCUGGGGCUGGGAGGCCUCUACGGUGCUGGGGCCACUCAGGCCUCGGGGGGCCUCUGCACCUUUGGCAGACCCUACACUCCCGCCGCCUGCAGCCCUCUGGCUCUGCCCCGCUACAGCCAGAGGCUGUGGGACACCCGUGGGCCCUGCUAGAGCCAGCUGCAAA